AUGAAACUCUUAUAUUUGUUCGCUGGAUUUUUGUCGAUAAUAGGUAUGGCCGCUGCCUUGGGACAAGGAGGAUUAGGUGGCAAUCAAGGUGGUGGUGGUAAAACAGAGACAUCAGUGAGUGCAACUUCGGUUUGGAUUACAAUUACGACUGAUGGAAACCCAGUUACUGUCAAAUCAAUCUACAAACAGACAUUCAUGAAGACGUAUUCUGCGGCUGAAACAUCUGAUGUGAAAUCUGGAAAUGUUGGUCUAGGUACGAUCGAUGGUUCUGUCGGAAAAGUACGUUCAUACGAUCAGGUUACCAUACUGUCAUCUGCAGAAGCCUGUGGCCAUAAUAAUGCUUACGCUGGACUUAUAGGAAGCUUAUUUCUCAUUUUGGGUGCUUUAUUAUAG